GGUACACCUAAAAGAGUUGGAGAAACACAACGAGAAAACAGAAGGUGCGUGUGAGAGGGUGGGCUGCGUGUUGAGCAGCAAUGGGUGAAAUUGAGGGUACCUACCGAGUCCUCCAGACUCCUGGUACCCGACUUGGUGCCCAGUUUAAUGCUGGUAUCAGCACUCUAGAACCUGGCCAGAGUCUCAGUGCAUCUGCAGGAGCAGGGGGAAAAGGUUACAGCAGGGGUUUACAGAUCCGCGUGCAGAGCUUGGAUGACACGCAGGAGUUCUAUGACCUUGAGGCCAAGGCAGAUGGGCAGGCUCUCCUCUCCGAAGUUUUCCGGAGGUGCAACCUCAUUGAGAGCGAUUACUUUGGGCUGGAGUUUCAGAACAUGCAAAUGAAUUGGGUCUGGUUGGAACCCACGAAGCUCAUUGUGAAACAAGUGAGACGGCCCGUGAAUACACUCUUCAGGUUGUCAGUGAAGUUCUUCCCUCCAGAUCCUGGUCAGCUUCAAGAGGAGUACACAAGGUACUUGUUCUCUCUGCAGAUGAAGAGAGACCUGAUGGAAGGCCGACUGAUCUGCACAGAGAACACUGCAGCUCUGCUGGCUUCUCACCUGGUCCAGUCGGAAAUUGGGGAUUAUGAUGACCUGGCAGACAGGGAGUUUCUGAAGAUGAACAAACUGCUGCCAAACCAGGAGCGACUGCAGGAGAAGAUCCUGGAAUUCCACCGCGGACACUUGGGACAGACACCUGCAGAGUCAGAUUUCCAGGUUUUGGAAAUUGCCCGUAAACUGGAAAUGUAUGGGGUCCGCUUCCACCCUGCAGCAGACCGGGAAGGCACCAAGAUCAACCUGUCUGUGGCCCACAUGGGUCUGCAGGUGUUUCAGGGCAAUACCAAAAUCAAUACCUUCAACUGGUCCAAAAUACGAAAGCUGAGUUUCAAAAGAAAGAGGUUUCUCAUCAAGUUGCAUCCAGAGGUUCAUGGUCCUCAUCAGGACACACUGGAAUUUCUGAUGGGCAGCCGAGACCAGUGUAAGGUGUUCUGGAAGACCUGCGUGGAGCAUCACUCCUUUUUCCGCUUGUUCGAUCAGCCACAACCAAAAGCCAAACCUAUCUUCUUUAGUCGAGGCUCCUCCUUUAGAUACAGUGGGAGGACACAAAAACAGCUGGUAGAGUAUGUGAGGGACAGUGGAACAAGACGGACGCCCUAUCAGAGAAGGAACAGUAAGAUUCGAAUGUCUUCGCGCUCCCUGGCCCCAGACGUGCCAAAACAGAGUCUGUCCUUCAAUGACAGCCUGAGGCUUCCAGGCUCUCCUUCCUCGGCUACAGUCUCCUUCCACUCCAUGCACAGCUCCAUUUCUCCAAUGCGACUGGAGCCCUACUCCCAACCCCAGGUCCUGCAGAACCAGCUUCCCCCGCAUCAGCCACAUCACCAGCAGCAGCAGCGACACCCUGAGUCAGCCAGGCCACCCAGCCCCCCGAAGGAGGAUCCCAUCAAGGCCAACUCCCCAUCUAACUACGCUUUCCAAGGCUCUGCGGUGGAUAGCCCUCAGCUCUCACCUUUCACCUCCAAGAGUCCUCUCUGCUUGUCUCCUUCCUUCCAGAUGUCGACGCUCAGCCUGCCUGGCCAGGCCCCCUCUCCCCUGCAGAGCCCCAUCCUGAGUGAGGUGGGCACUGGCAGGCUAGAGGAGGAUGACGAGGGCAGGAGGAAGAGAUACCCCACCGAUAAAGCCUACUUCAUUGCCAAAGAGAUUUUGACUACAGAGAGGACCUACCUGAAAGACCUGGAGGUCAUCACAGUGUGGUUUCGCAGCGCGGUGAUUAAGGAGAACGCCAUGCCUGAAGGGCUGAUGUCUCUUCUGUUCUCUAAUAUUGACCCCAUUUAUGAGUUUCACCGCGGCUUCCUCAAGGAGAUUGACCAGCGUCUGGCUCUCUGGGAGGGGCGCUCUAAUGCUCACAUAAAGGGUGACUGCCAGAGGAUAGGGGACAUCAUGUUGAAGAAUAUGUGUGCCCUGAAGGAGUUCACCAGCUACCUACAGAAGCAUGAUGAAGUGCUGACAGAGCUGGAGAAAGCCACCAAGCGGUUGAAAAAGUUGGAGAUGGUCUACAAGGAGUUUGAGUUGCAGAAGGUCUGUUACUUGCCUCUCAACACAUUUCUACUGAAACCCAUCCAGAGACUCGUUCACUACAAGCUCAUCUUGGAACGUCUGUGCAAGCACUACGCUCCAGACCACCGCGACUACCAUGACUGCAAAGAGGCUCUGAAGGAAGUGGCAGAGAUUGCAGCCCAGCUCCAGAGCAGUCUCAUUAGGCUGGAGAACUUCCAGAAGCUCACUGAGCUCCAGAGAGAUCUGAUCGGCAUCGAGAAUCUCACUGCGUCUGGCCGUGAGUUCAUCAGAGAGGGCUGUUUGUACAAGCUGACCAAGAAAGGCCUUCAGCAGAGGAUGUUUUUCCUGUUUUCAGACAUGCUGCUAUACACAAGCAAAGGUGUAACGGCAACCAACCAGUUCAAAGUCCAUGGCCAGCUUCCUCUGCAUGGCAUGAUUCUUAUUGUGCUGGAUGCACCGGUGGAGGAGAGUGAAAAUGAGUGGUCGGUGCCCCAUUGCUUUACCAUCUAUUCUGCUCAGAGGACCAUUGUUGUUGCUGCCAGCUCUAAAGUGGAGAUGAAUAAAUGGAUUGAGGAUCUGAAUAUGGCAAUUGACAUGGCAAAGAAAUCUCAGGAGAAGUCUGAUGUUUUGCUUGACCCUGGCCUAUGUGACCGGUCCAACAGGUCAUCUGAUGAGGUUUCUCUGGAGCAGGAGUCAGAGGAUGAUCUGAACUCCUCUCGCUGUUCUCUGGAUAAACAGACACACCACCGUGCCAACACCACCAUGCAUGUGUGCUGGCACCGCAACACCAGCGUGUCUAUGUCUGACCACAGCCUAGCCGUGGAGAACCAGUUGUCGGGUUACCUUCUCAGAAAGUUCAAGAACAGCAAUGGAUGGCAGAAGCUUUGGGUAGUCUUCACCAACUUCUGUCUUUUCUUCUAUAAGACCCAUCAGGAUGACUUUCCCCUGGCCAGUCUCCCGUUGCUAGGUUACACGGUCAGCACACCAGGGGAAUCUGAUAGCAUCCAUAAAGAGUAUGUCUUCAAGCUGCAGUUUAAAUCUCAUGUUUACUUCUUCAGAGCUGAAAGCGAGUAUACUUUUGAGAGGUGGAUGGAGGUAAUAAAGAGUGCAGCCAGCACUACAGGUCGUAUGAGCAUGCUCAUACCCAAAAGUCCCGCCCAGAUGAACGGGAACUGA